AGGUUACCAUAGAAACCUUGAUUGACCACUCCCCCGCGCCGUAAUGCAGUUUUCCGUGUUACUGGGAAGCAGCAGCGGCGAUGGUGUAAUAUUGAUCCAGAUGCCUCCUUCACAACUGCAAACAAACGAAGAAGAUUUCGAAGAGUUCCUGACGAAAGUCGAUACUGUUGGGGACCUGGUCAAAAAACUAAAAGAAGCGAGCACCGCAGAUGAAGUCAAUAGCGCAGCUCACAAAGCUGACGCCUAUUUGAAAAAGCAACAAAGCGAGAGGACAAAAAUUAAUUCAAAAAAUAAUUCUGAGGGAGCAGCAUCGACCAAAGACGUGCUUGACAACCGGAAAGAAAGCACGUUGCUACAUACAAUGUCUCCGGAGGAGUUUAUGAAGACCGUAACAGAAGAUGCCAAGAAGCGCAGUGCCGAGAAGAGAGACCGAAAAGCGGCUUCGGAUGUGUUUAAAAAGGAGGCCAACGUCGCCUUUCGCUCUGGAGACUACGUCAAAGCCCUAUUGCUCUACAACAGGGCCAUUGACGAGGUGCGGGACAGCUGCGUGCUGUACACGAAUCGGGCGCUGACAAAUUUGCACCUCGAGUGCUACACCAAGGUGCUGGAGGACAGCAAGUCGGCCCUGCGCAUCAACCCAGCCAGCAUCAAGGCGCUCGUGUACAAAGCCAGGGCGCACAGGGCGCUGGGGCAGCUCGAGUUGGCCGAAGCCUGCACCCUGGAGGCGGUCAAUUUGCACCCACACCACAAAGCCUUCAUCACACACGCCGUCCUCAAGGACUUGUUGAGCCCUGACAAAAUGAAAAAUAAUGAUCAAAAAUAGCUGUUAAUUUGACAAUUUAUUUAUUGCUGCGCCUCGCAGUUGUAUUAUAUUUAUUUAAUUAAAAGAAAGGUUUCUUUUAAAAAUAA